GUAAAUUGGAGACGAGCAUUUCCCAUGCAGACAGGUGAUCAGCUCCAACCCCACUGCCAUGAAUCGAUAGGCGAUGUAGCGCAGCAACCGUAAAGAGUUAGACAAUAAUAACCACUAAUAACCGAGAAUAUCCAUAUAAAAACCAACGCGGGCGUUAUGACGAUUGUAAUUUGGAAUCCCCACAACAUUUCUGCAAACUAGCCAUGGUUCAAUAUCCUGACGAAAAAUCAAACAACCCGUACACAAACUGGGUACAGCCCCCUGACCCGGCUGCUCAGCAGCAGCAGAAUCAAUACCAGGCACCUUUGGGCCCACCCCCUGCAUACACCCAGGAGUCACCUUAUACUCCGCGCGAUGCGUAUCAAGGGCACAUCCCUCAAUCACAAGUAUCUCAACCCCAAACAUACCAGGCGCCCCUGGUAUCAGGAUCCCUGCUUCCUUCAGGACAUCAAGCCCCAUCAGCUGGUUAUAACGACCAAAAAGGCGGGGAAUAUCUAUCACACCAACAGGGUGCUCCAGGAGCCAGGUCUCCCUAUGACCAGAACAGAGCAGGACCAUCGGGUUAUCCUUUAUACCAGCUCAACAACAGCCUAAGUCCAUACAGCCAGAACCCCGGUGCUGUGCCACAAGAUCGCGCCCCGUCGCCCAGUGGCGGGGCUGAAGGGUUGUCCUUGGCUUCAUUCUUUGGUAACACGGGCACUCCGCCAAUGUGGGAGCGCCGGCCACCUCAGCAUCUCCCAUACAGCCAGUUUCCUCCCAUGUGUCUCAUCUCCAAAGAUAAAGACCUGAGCAAGGGUUUCCCGGAGUUGCCUCCUCCAUGUCAAGCACAUCCUCACCCAUUUGCGACGCAUGAUAUCACGGAGGAAGAUUGGAUACGAUUUCUAGCAGACGUCAAGAAAGGAGGUUCAUUAUCUGGAGGACAGCGCAUCAAAUCGAAUGUCAUACCUUUGAUGGUAGGAGCCAGUCUUGUUGGCGGGUUGUUCCUGACUUCGGCCAUCGAGAGAAGGAUGAAAGCGAAGAAUCGCAAUGCAGCGGGAGAUAUAAUCGAUCACUGGAAUUACUACUUCUUCGGACCUCGCAGAAUGGAGGCGGUUCUCUGCCAAGCGUCCGAGCGUUUGAGCGGCCGUGAGGGUGCGGCACCGUUUGGUGAUGCUAGCCAGCGCCACAUGACAAAUGACCGCCGUCGCCGUACCUCAAGUUGCUCCUCGUCUUCAUCUUCGUCUUCGUCAUCGGAUUCUGAAGACUGCAGGAGUCGUCAUGGACACGGACAUGGACGUGCACCGUUGGUGUCGUACAAGUCUGAUAAAAGACAGCGCCGUGCCGAGAAAAGGGAGGCUAGGGCUGAGAGACGCCAGGAGAAACGCGCUCGAAAGGCAGAACGGCGCAGCGGUAAGGCUCGUGGGGAUCACUUGCAGCCUUACCAGCUUUUCAUCCAACCUAUCUAGUGAGAAAGUCGAGACAACGUCGCAAUCGAGUAGAUAAGGUUGUCCAAUAUGUCAGAUUUGAGACCUGGUGGUUUUCGUGUAAAAGCGGUCAUA